UCUAAUCGCUCUAUCCAACUGAGUCACUGCAGACUGCACAUUUAUUUAUUUUUAUUUAUUUAUUUUUUUACGGCAAAAUCGCCAUUUUACAAUCAAUUACAUGCAUAACAAUUUGUGGAUCAAUAAAUAACACAUAACUGUAAAUGUUAUAAAGUAAAUGAUAACACAUAACCGCGAACUAAAAAAAACUGCCAACAUUUAAAAAAACAUUAUCAUAACAAUUAUUUUAGUAAGUUCAACACACGCCAUUAUUGUAAAUAAUUAAAUGGGUAAACUACGGCUGUUCUAUGAUACCCUAUCUCAACCUUCUAGAGCAUUGACGUUAUUUUUUAUGACAAAUCGGAUACCUUAUGAUGCUGUAGCUGUCAAUUUAUCAAAAGGAGAACACCUUCAAUCAGAUUUUGAGAAAUUAAAUCCUUUCAAAAAAGUACCAGUUUUGGAGCACAAUGGUUUUGUGCUUACUGAAAGUGUGGCUAUUUUACGUUACAUCUGCCGGGAGCUCAAUGUACCAGACCACUGGUAUCCUCAAGACAGCCAGCUACAGGCCAGAGUAGACGAGUACCUUGAAUGGCAACACCUCAAUACCAGGCUGUUUUGUGCUAUGUACUUCCAGUAUAAGGUACUAAGACCCGUAAUGUCUGGCAAGCCAGCUGAUGAGAAACUCGUCAAGUUUUAUUACAAUGGGAUGCAAGUAGUGCUUGAUCAGCUGUGCAAUGUUUGGCUGAAGGAUCGUAACUACUUGUGUGGUGACAAAAUCAGCAUUGCAGACUUAUUGGGUCUGUGUGAACUGGAUCAGCCGAGAAUGGCAGGCUAUGACCCAGGCAAGGACCGGCCAAUUUUGAAAGCCUAUAUGGAGAGAGUACGAAGUGAUCUUGAACCUCACUACUCUGUUGUGAUGGAAAGAGUUAAUAAGUUCAUCACAAAGUAUUCCGACUCCCACAGUUUGACUGCUAAGUUAUAAGGAGAUGCUCAGCCACUAGCCACUAUUGGUUUAAUUACUAUGAGGUUGGUUGUUUUGUUUAAGAUAAUACAGUAACCAUUUUAUUGAGCUUAUUUCUACCCCAGGGCUGUCCCUGGAUUUUAUCAUUAAACUGUUUACUUUUGUUGUCAGUUUGAGCUUUACUUUGAUUUCUUCAAUGUGAUGUAGCAGUAGCAUCCUGUGUAGAGACAUGGUUUAAUUUUACUUUUUAGUAGAUUUAAAUUACGGUACGGUGAUGAAACCUUUUCUCAGAAAAUUUGUUUGUGAUUAUCAUAGACAGAAAGGAACUCAAACAUUUAAAGUUGUGUAUAAAGUGUAAUCUUUCAUUUACUUCUAAGCAUAACAUGAGAGACAAAUAAUAUUACAAUAAUAACAGUAGUUAUACUGCAUGAUAAUCAAAGAAAUGUAAGUUGAUGGAAACUUAUGCAAUAGUCCCAGUUUAGUUCGUCAUAAUAGGAAACAAAAAAGUUUAUACUGGUUAUCAUGAGCAGAGACUGACUAUUUCAUUUCAAUCACAUUCCAAAGGCUUUACAGGUUUCUAGUUUUUUGUUUGAGUAGAAGUAGUUUUAUGCUUAGUUGUACUUGUAAUUUACCCUAAAUCACUGUUAAAUUUGUUGCUGGUAUGUGGGAUCUAACUUCUUUAAAGUAUGUAAUGGUAACAGAUUCCUCUCCUAAUUACAAAGUUAGUAGUUUUGAAUUAAAUAUUAUAAUUUAAUAAUAUAUAUUAUUUUAUGCACCUGUUGCCUCUCUACAAAGUGUUAUAGCUACACAUACUGGGUCUGUGAUAUUUUUUACAUAGGAAUGUCACAUAAAAUAAAAUAGAUAAUUAAAUCAAUAAAUGCAAACCUAUAAUCAGCAAUAUUGACCAUUACAUGGAAGAUUUAAAAGAUUAAGUUGUGAUUGCAAGAAAUUAUGAGAAUAUUCCGUGACCCGAAGGAGACAAUAAUGAUGUCUACAAGACCGCGAGAGAGGUUCUGGAUUUUGCUAUGAUAAUGGCUUCUGCCUUCUUUAAUUAAGAUUCUUAUUACUAUGGUUUUAAGGUUUUUAAAGUCUUUCUGAAAGCAAUUCAGAUAAUUAUUGGCGAUUCAAAUGGUUUGGAUAGUUGAAAUUCUGCUGUAUGUGAAUGUUGGCUGGGUAUGUUUUUUUGGCCUCUGGGGACAUAAAAAAACAAAGUGGUCCAGGGUAUUGUUGUUACCAUAAGACCUACGGACCCAUGUUAUUUUCCCAUAAAAUAACUAAAAAUCGGGGAAAAAACGGUUUUGAUUAAAAUAAGUUUUUAUGGCCCUCUAAUAAAAAAAGUGCAAUCCCCCAUUGCUGUACAAAAUACCGUUUAAAAGUUAUUGUAAUUUAUGUAAUUUUCCCAUAAAACCCCAUAAAAUAACGGAAAAUCAGAUUUUAGACAAAAAAUGUAUUUGGAUUAAAAUUAGUAUGUUAUGGUCCUUAUUCUAAACUAAACAAUAUAGUACAGGAUUGGUGUUAAAUUUAAGUUACGGUUCAAAAGAUAUUGCAACUUUUUUUAUUUUCUCUGUAAAAUAAAUAUUAUGGUUAGUACAACUUCUUUCCAAUGAUUAAGGCUGUGACAAGCUAAUGGGAGAAAGUAUGUGUCAGAUUGCUGAGACGGUUAAUUUAUUUUAAAAAUCUUAACGUGUAUAAAGUAUACUACUUAAUUUCAAGACACAUAAUAAUCAGGGGGUGUUAUAAGGUAUGUUAUGUAUUGAAUAAGGUUUUAGAUAAUUAUAUUCUCUGUAUCACUUUUUUAUUUUCUGUUAAAAUAUUUGCUGUUAAAAAUAUAUUUUAUAUUUUCCA